AUGGCUAAUCUACAAAUACCAUCAGAUAUUACAAUGAGAGAGUUAUUCUUUCUCGUGCUGGGAUCUCUUUUGCAAGCAGUUUUUGGGCAGAUCCGGUACUCAGUUCCUGAGGAAUUGCUGAAAGGCUCCUUUGUGGGGAAUAUCGCAAAGGAUUUGGCGAUGGAUUUGAAGCAACUCUCGCAUGGAGGUGUCCAGAUUAUUACAGAAGGUAGGAGACAAUAUUUUGCCCUUGAUUUCCAAAAUGGCCAUUUGUGUAUUCAUGAGAGAGUGGACAGAGAAGCAAUAUGUGGACGGCUCUUAACUUGCAUGUUAAAGUUAGAGAUUCUUGUUCAGGAACAAGUGAAGGUUUACAUAGUUGAAAUUGAAAUUGAAGAUAUCAAUGACAAUGCACCAACUUUCCAAGUAGAGACAACACAGUUAAAAAUCCCAGAAAGUACAGCCACAGGGUCCCGAUUCCUUCUACCAGAUGCACAGGACCCAGACUUGGGAAGAAAUUCUUUACAGACCUAUCAACUUAGCCCCAAUGGACAUUUUACUCUUGAUGUGCAAACUGGUGCAAAUGGAGGCAAAUAUGUUGAGUUUAUACUAGAAAAGUCUCUGGACAGGGAAGAAGCAGCUUUCCAUGACUUAAUCCUCACAGCCAGUGAUGGAGGAGAUCCUGUGAAAUCCGGAACUGCACACAUCAGGGUUGUUGUUGAAGAUGCAAAUGACAAUGCACCAGUUUUUUCACAAUCUGUUUAUAAAGUGACUGCAAUGGAGGACAUCCCUAUAGAUUCUCUGCUAGUAACAGUUAAUGCUACUGAUGCAGAUGAAGGCAUAAAUGCAGAGAUAACGUAUGCAUUCAGGCAAGCAUCAGAAAAAGCUUCAAAUAUAUUCCAUCUGGAUUCCAAGACUGGAGAAGUCAGGGUGAAAGAGAACUUGGAUUUUGAAGAGAAUACCAUGUAUGAAAUGGAGAUCCAAGCCCGUGAUGGGAGAGGUCUAUCAGGCCGUGCAAAUAUUUUGGUGACUGUUGUUGACGUAAAUGAUAAUGCACCAGGGAUUGCAGUCACGUCUCUCACCAAUGCUGUGAGUGAAGAUUCCCCUCAAGGAACUGCAGUUGCACUGUUAAGAGUAACAGACAGGGAUUCAGACAACAACGGGAAGGUCUGGUGCUCCAUCUCUGAGAACCUGCCAUUUCGUUUACAGAAAACCUUUGACAAUUAUUACAGCUUGGUGACUGACAAAGCCCUAGACCGAGAAAUAAUAUCAGCUUACAAUGUGACUGUCAUAGCAACUGAUCAAGGAAACCCUCCUCUCUCCACAACGACCAUCAUUCCCCUGAAAAUAUUAGACAAAAAUGACAACCCACCCACCUUUAAAGAGAAGUCCUACAUAUCCUCUAUAACAGAAAAUACACCUGCCGGAACUUCGGUUUUCACAUUAAAAGCAAACGAUCCAGACUGGGAGGAGAACAGCAGAAUUACUUAUUCUAUCAUUCAAGACCAGGUGAGGCCUUUCUCCUCUUACCUUUCAAUAAACUCUGAGACUGGAGCCAUCUAUGCCCUCCGCUCCUUUGAUUAUGAAGAGUUCCAGGAGAUUAAUUUCUUGGUCAAGGCCCAAGAUGGAGGUUCCCCACCACUCAGCUCCAAUGUCUCAGUGACUCUCUUAAUUUUAGAUCAAAAUGACAACUCACCCCAAAUCCUGUAUCCCUCUCUGCCCAGUGAUGGCUCCACUGGAGUAGAGCUGGCCCCUCGCUCCUCUGAGCCUGGAUACCUGGUCACUAAGGUGGUGGCAGUGGAUGCAGACUCUGGUCAGAACGCCUGGCUCUCCUAUCAGUUACUGAAGGCCACAGAACCAGGGCUGUUCACCAUAGGACUCCACACUGGAGAGAUCAGGACAGCCCGUUUCUUUCUAGACAAGGAUGCUCUCAAGCAAAGCCUGGUGGUUUUAGUGAAGGACAACGGGCAGUCCCCUCUCUCUGCCUCCGUCAUGGUCACUGUGGUGCUGGCCGACAGCAUCCCUGAAAGCCUCUCUGAUAUUAGCAGCAUCUCAGCUCCUGCAGACCCGCAGUCAGAUCUCACCUUCUACCUGGUGGUUGCUGUGGCUUUUGUCUCCUGCUUGUUUUUCACCUUCCUUCUGGUGUUGUUGGCACUCAGACUUCACAAAUGGAGAACUUCUCAGUUGUGUGCUUCUGGGAGUAUGAAUUUCAGCGGAGUUCCAGUUUCACAGUUUGUGGGGAUUGAUGGAGUUCAAGCCUUUCUUCACUCCUAUUGCCAUGAGGUUUCAUUAACUUCAGGCUCUCGAAAGAGUCAGGUUCUCUUUCCCAUUGAAAGCUGUACGAACACCCUGAGAGCUCAGCAGGAUUCUAAUAAACCGGAAACUUUCUUUGCUGCAGAAGAUUCAAAUACGAACCAAGAAGGGCAAGCCUUUGGACAGGUGAGUUAUGCUUUGUCUAAUUACUGA